AAUCCAUACUGACCUUCUCUUCGCUUAAAAGGUAAUCAAUCACCUCUUCCCAACGAUCAUCCGAUUUCUUGAAGGGACGAGGGUGGGUGAUAGAAAGCUACAUAGAACAUCUGACAACGAAUCAAGAAGACAAGACAUUUAGUUCAUAAUAUCAAGGGACGAGGGCGGGCAACUUUACUACUAAAAUGGUCAGUUUCAAAUUACCGAAACUCGAGGUGGGAGGCUCAGAAGGGCGUGAGAGAGUGUUAGAGAAUGAUGAUUUGUUACCUGUCCCAUUUGAGAAUCGAACAUGGGGAUUUUGGACGUUCACCAUUUUCUGGUUCUCCGCCGUCGGAACAGUUGCCAACUGGCUUGGAGGUGGUAGUUUCCUCACUUAUGGUAUAUCCGUAUGGGACGGUAUACUGUGUCAGUUCUUUGGAUAUCUAUUGAUCUCAUUCUUCAUGGUCAUUAAUGGACGUGCUGGAUCUGUAUAUCAUAUAUCAUACCCCGUCUACUGUCGUUCUUCUUUCGGAGUCUACGGAGCCUACUGGCCAAUUCUCAACCGCGCUCUCUCCGCCUGCGUAUGGAACGGUGUCAACACAGUCACCGGUGGUCAAUGUAUAUCAAUCCUACUCCAUUCCAUAUUCCCUUCCUUCGCCAGGAUCAAAAACCACAUGCCAUCAAAUUCCGCUCUCACCAGCGCAGACAUGAUUGGUUUUUUCAUCUUUUGGUUCCUCACCGCUGCGGCAUGUUUCGUGUCGAUCCCGAAAUUCCCUUGGUUGAUCAAGGGCAAGCUAGUUGCUUAUUUCCUGAGUUCCGUGGGGAUGUUAGCUAUGGCUCUUCAUGCAGCCGGAGGAGUCGGGGACACUUUGACGGCAAAAGCAACGGUUCAUGGAAGUACGAAAGCUUGGCUCAUUGUGAGAUUCACUUUGUUGGCUGCGGCGGGUUGUUCUACUUUUGCUAGUAACGCUGCGGAUUGGCAGAGGAAUGCUACCAAACCGAAUGACCCAAUCUUCGGUCAAGUUUUCGGUUUCCCCAUGUCCAACUUCAUCACCACCCUCAUCGGAAUGAUAGUAGCUGCCUCUUCCACCCGAGUUUAUCCUACUCUCAUCUGGAACCCUCUCACAUAUCUCUCUAAUAUCCUCAGGGACAACUAUGACGCUUCUCAUCGAGCCGGAGCAUUCUUCAUCUCUCUAGGUUUCGGAUACGCCGCUUUGUUCAGUUGUAUCUUCGAGAAUGUCCUGCCGGGUGGUAACGACAUUGCUAGUUUGGCUCCAAAGUACUUGACUGUGAAAAGGGCGUUUGGUAUUGUGAUGAUCAUCACUGUUGUAAUCAACCCAUGGUAUCUCCUUGGCUCCGCUUCAAUCUUCAUCACCUUUGUCUCUUCUUACCAAAUCUUCCUCUUCUCCAUCGCCGCCAUUCUCAUGUGCGAUUAUUACUUUGUUUCCAAGGGUCGUCUCGACCUCGCUUGGAUGUACACGGCGGAUAGGAGGGGACCUUAUUGGUACAAUUACGGUAUCAAUUGGAGAGCUAUUGUGGCUUAUUGUGUUGGUGCAGGGGUCAAUUUUGCCGGAUUCCUUCAAGCUAUGGGAGCCGUACAGAAACAUGACAUCGCUCUCACCCAUUCAUAUUACUUUGCAUUCAUCACCACUGGUGUAGCAGCAGGGGGUACAUACUACCUACUCGUUCGUCUCUUUCCCCAACCUAACUACCUGUUGAACAAAGACAUACCAUUCCGGGAAUGGAGUCAGGACGAAGUGGAGAUUUACGCCGCUGGGAAAGGUAACCUUCGUGAGAUCCGUGAGGCUCGUUUGGAAGCGGAAGAUAAAGGGACGAGCAGUACGGGUGAUGUUGAAGAUGUGGAUGAGAAAAAGGUUGAUGGAGUGAGGACUGCUGUUUUAGAGGCGUGAGAGCAGGUGAGUAGCAUGGAAACAUCGUCAAUUAUUUAAACAACAUCCACAAUGAGCUUGGUUUCAGGAUAGGAGGGAGAAGAAAGUAUUAGGUUGUAGGUUGUAGGUUGUUUGGUUGUCUUGUCGGAUAAGAUGCAUCUUUUGUCUCGCUUCGUCUUG